AUGAUAUUUUUCCCAGCUAACACAACUAGUAUCUUACAGCCUAUGGACCAAAGUGUUAUAAAAAGUUUGAAAGGCCACUAUAGAAAGAAAAUAUUAAUGGAAAUUAUCGAAUCUGAUGGCAAUGCCUCUAUCAAUAUGCUUGAUGCAGUGAACUUCUUAAGUAAAGCCUGGGAAGAGGUAACAGCAGAAACUAUACGGCAUUCUUUUCGUCAUGCUGGACUUCGAAGUUUUGCCAAUGCUGAAGAAGAAAUAGAACAAUUUGAGAAUGAAGAUGAUACACUGAGUGAGUGGAUUGCUCAGUUCAAUACACCGCAUACUUUUACUCCUGAGGACCUACAAAACUAUGUAGAAAUAGACGAGAAUCUAAUUACAACAAUAUCGUUAACUGAUGAAGAAAUCCUAAAUGCAAUGACAAAAGGCGAGGAGGAGCAAAAGGAAGAUGAAGAGGAAGCACAACCUGACGAAGUCGUAAUACCAAGUAUUCAACAAGCACUUGAUGCGGCUAAAUUAUUAGAAAAGUACUUAUUGUUUCAUGAAGAUGAUCCAAAGUUAUCCCAAAACAUGGGAGAAAUUCAUAGAAAAAUACAAAACCAGUAUUGGCAAAAUAAAAAAGUCCAAACUAAGAUGACAGACUAUUUUAAAUAA